CGUGUCCGCGGCGCCGUGACUCGGCGGCUCCGCAGCGGCUGCAGCGGGAGGACCCGGCCGGAGCCGCCGCCGCCGCCGCCGCCGCCGCCAUCGCAGCCGGGCGGCCGGGCCCCGCCGCGGGGAUGCCGAGGAGCCGGGGCGGCCGCGCCGCGCCGGGGCCGCCGCCGCCGGGCCGGGCCCCGCGCUGGAGCCGCUGGCGGGUCCCCGGGCGGCUGCUGCUGCUGCUGCCGGCGCUCUGCUGCCUCCCGGGCGCCGCGCGGGCGGCGGCGGCGGCGGCGGCGGCGGCGCGGGCGGCCGAGGCGGAGGCGCCCUUCGCCGGGCAGAACUGGCUAAAGUCCUAUGGCUACCUGCUCCCCUCGGACUCCCGGGCGCCCGCGCUGCACUCAGGGAAGGCCUUACAGUCAGCAGUCUCCACCAUGCAGCAGUUUUAUGGGAUCCCCGUCACAGGGGUAUUGGAUCAGACAACAAUCGAGUGGAUGAAGAAGCCCCGCUGCGGUGUCCCUGAUCACCCCCACUCGAGCCACAGGCGGAGGAACAAGCGCUAUGCUCUGACUGGACAGAAGUGGAGGCAGAAACACAUCACCUACAGCAUUCACAACUACACCCCGAAGGUGGGUGAGCUAGACACACGGAAAGCGAUUCGCCAGGCUUUUGACGUCUGGCAGAAGGUGACCCCGCUGACCUUUGAAGAGGUGCCAUACCAUGAGAUCAAAAGUGACCGGAAGGAGGCAGACAUCAUGAUCUUCUUUGCUUCUGGUUUCCAUGGCGACAGCUCCCCAUUUGAUGGAGAAGGGGGAUUCCUGGCCCACGCCUACUUUCCUGGCCCAGGGAUUGGAGGAGACACUCACUUUGACUCAGAUGAGCCGUGGACACUAGGAAAUGCCAACCAUGAUGGGAAUGACCUCUUCCUGGUGGCUGUGCACGAGCUGGGCCACGCGCUGGGACUGGAGCACUCCAACGACCCCAGCGCCAUCAUGGCGCCCUUCUACCAGUACAUGGAGACACACAACUUCAAACUGCCUCAGGAUGAUCUCCAGGGCAUCCAGAAGAUCUACGGACCUCCAGCUGAGCCCCUGGAGCCCACGAGACCACUCCCCACGCUCCCCGUCCGCAGGAUCCACUCACCGAGUGAGAGGAAGCACGAGCGCCAGCCCAGGCCCCCUCGGCCGCCCCUGGGGGACCGGCCAUCCACACCGGGUGCCAAACCCAACAUCUGUGAUGGCAACUUCAACACGGUGGCACUCUUCCGAGGCGAGAUGUUUGUGUUCAAGGAUCGCUGGUUCUGGCGCCUGCGCAAUAACCGGGUGCAAGAGGGCUACCCGAUGCAGAUUGAGCAGUUCUGGAAGGGUCUGCCCGCCCGCAUAGAUGCAGCCUACGAAAGGGCCGACGGAAGAUUUGUCUUCUUCAAAGGUGACAAGUACUGGGUGUUUAAGGAGGUGACGGUGGAGCCUGGGUACCCCCACAGCCUAGGAGAGCUGGGGAGCUGUCUUCCCCGAGAAGGCAUCGAUACAGCUCUGCGCUGGGAACCCGUGGGCAAGACCUACUUUUUCAAAGGUGAACGGUACUGGCGCUACAGCGAGGAGAGGCGGGCCACGGACCCUGGCUACCCCAAGCCCAUCACUGUGUGGAAGGGCAUCCCACAGGCUCCGCAGGGGGCCUUCAUCAGCAAGGAAGGAUAUUACACCUACUUCUACAAGGGCCGGGACUAUUGGAAGUUUGACAACCAGAAACUGAGCGUGGAGCCAGGCUACCCACGCAACAUCCUGCGUGACUGGAUGGGCUGCAACCAGAAGGAGGUGGAACGGCGGAAGGAGCGGCGGCUGCCCCAGGAUGAUGUGGACAUCAUGGUGACUAUCAACGACGUCCCAGGCUCUGUGAAUGCCGUGGCUGUGGUCAUCCCCUGCAUCCUGUCCCUCUGCAUCCUGGUGCUGGUCUACACCAUCUUCCAGUUCAAGAACAAGGCAGGCCCUCAGCCUGUCACCUACUAUAAGCGGCCAGUCCAGGAGUGGGUGUGAGCAGCCCAGAGCCCUCUCCGUCCACUCGGUCUGGCCAGCCAGGCCCUUCCUCAUCAGGGUCUGAGGGGCAGCUCUGGCCACUGCCCACGGGGGCCAGCAGGGCCCUAGGCCAGGGGUCAUGCAGCUGAAGUGGUAGGUACAUUGGCCUAGGCUGAGCAUGGGGCAGGGAGUGGUGGUGGCUGUGCCCCAGGGUGGGUGUCUGGCACCCAGCUGCCAGCCUUCUGUCCUGGGUAAACUGCUCCUUACCCAAGGGAAUAGGCCAGGCCCCAUCAGGAGGCAGGGACCAUGCCAGGAGGAGGCCCUGUGGGUCACUGAAUCCUGUGGUAUCAAUGAAGCACCACAGCUCCAUUCCUGGCUGGGCCCAGCACCUUCUGUGGAAGCCAGCACUAGCACUCUCAGCCCCAUCUGGGAGAUGCCACCGAUCCCGGUCCCCCUUUGCCAACACCUGCUGGUCAGAUGUCCCCCCACCCUUACCCCCACCCCACUGUCCUCCAAGGCUAUAAGACCCCUGCUGCAAACACGGUGGGCAACAAGCCUGGGUUUCCCCUGCUGGCAUUCAGCAGAUCCCUCAGGAAACCUGCUCCACACAUCAGGGUCUCCUCUGAGACCUAGGAUUUAGGGUCACAUGUUGCAGGCAGUUUUGUGGCCCAGCUGGGUCUGACAAUGACCCAGCUGUCAUGUCGUGAAUAUUUAAAUGUCCUGUCACUACUGUUUUAAAAGUCCCAUUCUGCAAAGGCUGCUUGAGGCGUUAGGUGAAUUAGAGGUGACUAUCUUGGUGAUGAGGCCAGCGUGGCCGGCCCUUCCCCAGGAGAUAAGGACCAAGGUGCUGCUAAGGCCACUCUAGUGCCCAGACACCCCAAGAGCUGGAUUCAGCUCAUGAGGCUAAAGGGCUGGGGCAGGAGCUGACCCUGUUUCUGGAGGCUGAUCUGAGUUGUGACCACCCUCCACUCCCCUGUCCCUCUUCCCUACUCCCCUAGUCCCUGGCCCUGUUGCUUACAGUCUGGAGCUCAGCCCGACUAGUUAGGUGUGGUCUGGGGCUCAGUCUGACUAAUUAGGUGCGCAGAAAAGGCUCCAGGCCAACAUUCUUGUGGCUUUGGAGUAACAGGCCCAGGGGAGCCUUCUGAAGUGUUCAGAGCCCACACCCCUAGCUACCUUGAGGCCGACUCGAUCUCUCAGCCUGGAAGCAGUGUUUAUACAAGCUUGGCCCUUGCUAACCCAGCUCACUGGGCCCAUCUUCCUGCACUGCUCUUUGGAAAAGGGCACCCCCAACUGGUAGCAGUCCCACUGCUAGGGGCCAACCCUUCACUCUCUGGCAGGACUUCCUAGGGCUCCGCUUGCCUCUCUCCAACCCAGUGGAGACAGCCCCCUUUGUCACUGAAGAGCCCCAGGAAAGACCCAUGGGUUCAGUGGUGCCCACUGGCUCUCUGCCAAAGCCAAAAGGAGGUAUCAGUCCUCAGAGUGCUGGCAGAGCCUCAGAUGCCAUCCUGGCCCUCUGAGCCUGCAUGGGCCUUGCCCCUACCCUGUGGCCUCUGGGCUUUGGGUUGGCUUAACCUGUAGCAGACAGGGACUACUGUUGCCCUGGGAGCUGUCUUGAGCAAAAUCUCUCUUGUCCCAGAGGCACCUAUGUGGGUCCACUGUGUUCCCUGUCAUCAUCCUUCUGUUUUUUCUCAUUUUGGCCAAGGGCGGGCUCCCUGGGGCGGGUGGGGAACAA